UAGGAGCAAAAGUUAGACCAAAAAGAAUGCUAUAAAAAUCCACCUUUUCCCUACCUUUCUUUCUCUCUCUCUCCACCAACCCUCAAAAACCAUGGCACUUCAACUAUGGUCAACCUUCAAAGAAGCCAUAGUAGUUUACACAGGCCUCUCCCCAACAACGUUCUUCACUCUCCUCGUCAUUCUCUUCACCCUCUACUACAUCAUCACAAGCCUCUUCGGUUCCUCAGAUACCCAUCAACGCCAUGGAAGUACAAGAGACUUUGCUGCUGAAAUGGAGCCUCUUAAACCACCUGUUCAGAUCGGUGAAGUUACUGAAGAUGAACUUAAGGAUUAUGAUGGUAAUAACCCUGAUAAGCCUCUUCUUAUGGCUAUUAAGGGUCAGAUCUAUGAUGUUUCUCAAAGCAGGAUGUUUUAUGGACCGGGUGGACCUUAUGCCCUAUUCGCCGGGAAGGAUGCUAGCAGAGCUUUAGCAAAGAUGUCUUUUGAAGAGAAAGAUCUAACCGGAGACAUAUCAGGUCUUGGCCCAUUUGAACUCGAGGCCUUGCAAGAUUGGGAAUACAAGUUUAUGGGAAAGUACGUUAAGGUUGGAACUAUCAAAACAGUUCCAGUAACUAAACCAGAAUCCACCGGUGAACCUUCAGAAUCAACUUCUCGUGGUGUUGAUGCUUCUUCAAUUCCUCAUGAAAACCAUGAUGCUGCUGAGGCUUCUAAGCCUCAUGAAAAUACUCCUUCUGAAACUGCACCUGUUAAAAGUGAUGAAAAUACACCUUUAAGUGUUGAUGCGGAUAAAGAGGAGUGAUAAUAAGGGUUGAAUAAUAAAUAAAAUACUAAUUCUACUCAAAUAAUGGGAAACAAAUGCAUAAGAGCUUCUGAUAGAGACAUCCUUUGUGAGUGAAUUAAACAUAUAGGCCAACUCCUUUUGCCAUUGAACCUGGUUUAAAUAUUUAGCUAAAAAAAAAGUAUUUGUAGUGUUUAAUUUCAGCUAUUUUGGAUUUGAACUUACUUUUGUAUUCUACUUUUACAAGAUAAUGGUAAGAAGUUACAUAUAUUGGAACUUUUGUGA